AUGAAGACUACUUUCAUCCUCGGCACGCUCGCCCUCGCUCUCCAGUCUCACGCCUGCGUAACCUUUACAACGAAAGAAGACAUCAAAGCCCAAAAGAACACCUGGGCUUUUUGGAACGACGGCCAAAAACAAUGCCAGUUCAAUGGCCAAGGAAACAGGCCAAAUGGCCUUUUCAGGGACGUAGACGACGAGGACUAUUACGUCAUCCUCAGCAAUGACUUCCCAAUACUGCAUGGUCAAGUUUUCAAGUAUGAGUAUGGCGAGUUCAAGUGGAAUCGCGACUCAGGUUACGAUGCAACAGUUUGA